AUGUCGAAGCGCCCCGCUGCUGCCGAGCCUGCUGCAGCUGCUGCGGCCUGGCCGCGCCGUCGCCGAGUGAUGGAGCAAGGCAUCGUGCCGAUCAUGGAAGGGCAACCUGCCGCACGGCCUAUCCAGCGGCCUGCUGCUGCUUCUGCGGCGACGACCAACCUCUGCCACGGUCGUCCUGGCGACCCGUGUUGCUUUUCGACGCGGGUCUCUGGACAGCGAGCUCGGUACCACGAUGUAUCGCGGCAAUGUCCCUGGUGCAAUGCAGCACUGCUUCAAACUGGCUUGACGAGCGAGCGCGGGCGCGGUCAACUCAGUCGCUCCCUGCGCUUCUUCUGGGGUCAUGACAAAGCUGUCUACCAUAAGGCCGUCGGGCGCUUGCCCGAGACGGUGCGUCUGCACUGGCCGCUGCAAGUCCUGGGGCUUUCAGCUGCCUUCCAUUCGGCAGCAAGCCUGCGCGUGGCUGUCGCGACGUCGCAAGGCCGGGGACGCAUCCUGGCCGUGCUGCGAAAGCGUCAAGCCGCGGAUCCUGACCUUGUGGCCGAAGCCUUAAAAGCAGUUCCGGCAGAGCACUUGGAAGACUUCGAGGCUAGGCUGGCGCAAGAGCCGCGCCGAGUGCGGCAGGCGCGUCGGCGAGCCGCGGCGGAGACUGUGGAGCAACGAUGGGAGCGGCUGUUGGCUCACAGGAGACGCCUGCGUGUGCCGGCGCUGCCCGAAGCAGAAGCUGCUACAUACAGCCGGCGGGCGACGGAAGACCGCACACGUGUGCGCCGGAAGUUCUUUCCCGCUCAGCCGAAAGAAGUGCGCCACACGGGUCGGCAGUGGUCCAAUCCCUGGACGGACGCAGCGGCGGAACGUGUUCGAGACGUAGCCGACAACGACACCGGCCUUCCUCGUGCAGCCAUUACUCCGUUGGCAAGCAUGCUCGAGAACUGGUGUAAGCAAGGAGCAUGGGCUAUUUGCGACAGAUGCUUUUCUUUGGAGCCGAGGCAUCUCAAAGAAGUUGACACGCGCCGCGUGGCCGAUCCGGCCGUGCCCAACUGUCGGUGGUGUCGCCGCGACGGCGUAGAGUCGGUGCCCACCGUUGACCGCGUGCCCCGGCAGCUGCGGGGUCUCUGCAAUGAUGUGGUGGCUGCCCUUCGGCCCUUCGAUAUCGACUGUGGACCGUAUCAACGUCCCCCUCACGGAUAUCGUGUGCACACCGCCUUGCUGCGCUUGCUUUGGUCCGACACGGAUGUGGAAGCGAAAAUUGCUGCACUCGAGCACCGGACGUGGCGAACGAAGGCGAAGAAAGCUUUCAAUUUCUUGAUGCGACACUCGUCUUCCGAGUAUAGGAACUUUGUGACGCAGCAUCGUCGUUUCCUUCGAGACCAUCCGAUGCCGACGGACGCAGCCCGUCGCCGCCCGCUGCAGACGCUGGAAACUCCUGGAAUCGAAACUGCCCUGUGGCCAGACCUGUACUACAACUCCGACUUGUGCGAGUCUGUGGCAAGGGCGACGGAUGCCCGACGGCUCCAGCGCCAGGGUCUGCUCCAGGAAGACAGCGACGACGACGACCGAGAACGUGAAGACGAUCCUGGCCGCAAUAGCCUCCGCCGCAGUUUCCUCAAGAAGGACGCAGAGCAGGGUGUCCGCGCGUACGGGCUGGAGGAAGUGGAUAUACUCAAAGGCCACGUGGACAACAUAGCACCGCAGGCGGCAGGAUCCGGCGGUCGCGGGCUGCUCAUGCGGUAUGUUGCCACUUAUAAUGUCAAGUUCAGCAGCAGCUUCCACAACGAGAUGCUGGCCGACACCGGCGUCUCGGGAUAUGGGAUGGCCCUCCGCAUCCUCAGCACGCUGCAUCCGUCCGAGCCCGAGAUGUGGGUGACACUGUUCAAGCAGCUCUUUCCUGAUUUCGCACUGGGAGGCACCAUGCUGCCGAUCGUAGCACCCUGGCCGACGAUGGACGCACAGCCGGAGUUCGUACGCAGGUACGAGGAAUGUGUUUGGCGAAGUGACAGCAUGUCGCUCCUGGAGUAUCUUCGGAAAUCCAAUGCUGCUGGAGAAGUGGUCGCUUGGAUCCAAAAGCUCCAUGCCGCUGCUGACUCGGCGCUGGACUUGGGCGAGUUCGCGAGUGUGCAGACGACGUUCGGCGAGAAGGUCGUGGCGGCCGAAACGGUGAGCAUUUUCAGCGAUAAGUACUUUGGUCAAUGGUUGAUGCUUCACGUGCCUUUCCGCCGCGCCUCAGAUUUUCUGUUCCCCGAUAUCGUCGCGAAGAUCCCUACGCGCUAUCAGCUCUUCGCUUGCGCCUUGCGCGCCGCUGGAGAUUACUGGACGGACAGAGCACGAGUGCGCGAGGACUUGCAGCUGGCGGCCUACAAGGACGCGACCAUCGCUAACUUCCUCGCUCUGCUGGAUGCUCAGCGUGAGAUCGUGGAUCAAUACCUGCGUGGCCUCAUCUCGCUGGAGGACGAAGCGCCCGAGCCAGCCUUGCCUUCGCUGCCGGGUGCCGCUGGGCUAGAGCGGCCCCGCUUCAACCGGCAGCAGCAAGCCUUGGAGCGGUGCGCGCUGGAACGCUUGGAUUUGAUUCAAGCUUUGAAGCACGCACAGACACCGGAAGAGGCCGACGAUGUGGCUUUGCGCCUCGAGGAGCAGAACAGCAUCUUGGUGUGUAUGGGCGGCCCUGGCACGGGUAAGACGUUCGUCGCCGACUACCUCAUCCGCGUGGCUGUGCGGCGUGGCCACCGCGUGCUGUACGCGCUGCCAACGGGGCAGCUGGCCUGCCGCAUGCGGCAGCGCCACCCCGACGUCCACGUCGACACUUGCGCCGGCGCCUUCCUGUUCUACCGGCCAGAAUCUGAGACCCUUGCUCUCAUGGCCGAGUACGAUGUCGUGGUCAUUGACGAAGCCUUGCAGCUCAGCGCCGAGGAGUAUGGGCGCCUGGAUGCCAUGUUCUGUGCUACCGGCAAGCAGCUCCUUCUGCUGCUUAUGGGCGAUGACUGCCAACUCCCGAGCAUCCACCCGCAGCGGGCCUGCGACCACGACAAGUGGCGCCUUACGCACGUGGUGACCUUGACCGAGGUACGGCGUUGCAAGUGUGCCGUCUUGCAGGCGAAGCUGGAUUUCCUGCGUCAUCACAAGCCGCUUGGCCAGGAAGGCAAGCGCUUCGUCAAUCGCUUGUGCUACCAGCACAAGGCUUGGACCGGUCACGACGAGCCCACGAGCCUUGACAUCGAUUCCGUCUUCAAGCGCACCGGCGGAAAGACGACUUUUGUCACCUGCACCAAGAGGGGGGCCGCUAGCAUCAAUGCCCUGGCCGUACAAGUUCUCUUUUCCAACCGGAAGCAGCAGCUGUUGGCUGAGAUUCCGGGCGACUAUGAUGACAAUGAAGAGAACUUCGACGAAUACGGCAACCUUCGUCGCGAUCGUGCCCCGCUGCCGAACCCAGUCCAGCUGUACAGAGGCCUCAGGGUUGUCUUGACUCGCAAUCAAGACAAAGAGAACCAUUACGUUAAUGGCAUGGUGGCCACGGUGGAAGGCUACUUUCCGACCACCGGCUGCCUACGUGUCCGCACACAGACGGGCAAGCGACUGGCCAUUUAUCGUUACACGGACACGGACGUUCCCCGUGGGCGCGCCGUGUACUUCCCGAUCCGCACGGGCUACGCAGGCACCAUCUACAAGUUCCAAGGAGCCUAUGGCAUCACCAGCGCACGUGCGCUGAGCACCGGCAUCCGUUUCAAGAACGGAGCCUAUGGCAUCACCAGCGCACGUGCGCUGAGCACCGGCAUCCGUUUCAAGAACGGCAUCGUGCCGAUCAUGGAAGGGCAACCUGCCGCACGGCCUAUCCAGCGGCCUGCUGCUGCUUCUGCGGCGACGACCAACCUCUGCCACGGUCGUCCUGGCGACCCGUGUUGCUUUUCGACGCGGGUCUCUGGACAGCGAGCUCGGUACCACGAUGUAUCGCGGCAAUGUCCCUGGUGCAAUGCAGCACUGCUUCAAACUGGCUUGACGAGCGAGCGCGGGCGCGGUCAACUCAGUCGCUCCCUGCGCUUCUUCUGGGGUCAUGACAAAGCUGUCUACCAUAAGGCCGUCGGGCGCUUGCCCGAGACGGUGCGUCUGCACUGGCCGCUGCAAGUCCUGGGGCUUUCAGCUGCCUUCCAUUCGGCAGCAAGCCUGCGCGUGGCUGUCGCGACGUCGCAAGGCCGGGGACGCAUCCUGGCCGUGCUGCGAAAGCGUCAAGCCGCGGAUCCUGACCUUGUGGCCGAAGCCUUAAAAGCAGUUCCGGCAGAGCACUUGGAAGACUUCGAGGCUAGGCUGGCGCAAGAGCCGCGCCGAGUGCGGCAGGCGCGUCGGCGAGCCGCGGCGGAGACUGUGGAGCAACGAUGGGAGCGGCUGUUGGCUCACAGGAGACGCCUGCGUGUGCCGGCGCUGCCCGAAGCAGAAGCUGCUACAUACAGCCGGCGGGCGACGGAAGACCGCACACGUGUGCGCCGGAAGUUCUUUCCCGCUCAGCCGAAAGAAGUGCGCCACACGGGUCGGCAGUGGUCCAAUCCCUGGACGGACGCAGCGGCGGAACGUGUUCGAGACGUAGCCGACAACGACACCGGCCUUCCUCGUGCAGCCAUUACUCCGUUGGCAAGCAUGCUCGAGAACUGGUGUAAGCAAGGAGCAUGGGCUAUUUGCGACAGAUGCUUUUCUUUGGAGCCGAGGCAUCUCAAAGAAGUUGACACGCGCCGCGUGGCCGAUCCGGCCGUGCCCAACUGUCGGUGGUGUCGCCGCGACGGCGUAGAGUCGGUGCCCACCGUUGACCGCGUGCCCCGGCAGCUGCGGGGUCUCUGCAAUGAUGUGGUGGCUGCCCUUCGGCCCUUCGAUAUCGACUGUGGACCGUAUCAACGUCCACCUCACGGAUAUCGUGUGCACACCGCCUUGCUGCGCUUGCUUUGGUCCGACACGGAUGUGGAAGCGAAAAUUGCUGCACUCGAGCACCGGACGUGGCGAACGAAGGCGAAGAAAGCUUUCAAUUUCUUGAUGCGACACUCGUCUUCCGAGUAUAGGAACUUUGUGACGCAGCAUCGUCGUUUCCUUCGAGACCAUCCGAUGCCGACGGACGCAGCCCGUCGCCGCCCGCUGCAGACGCUGGAAACUCCUGGAAUCGAAACUGCCCUGUGGCCAGACCUGUACUACAACUCCGACUUGUGCGAGUCUGUGGCAAGGGCGACGGAUGCCCGACGGCUCCAGCGCCAGGGUCUGCUCCAGGAAGACAGCGACGACGACGACCGAGAACGUGAAGACGAUCCUGGCCGCAAUAGCCUCCGCCGCAGUUUCCUCAAGAAGGACGCAGAGCAGGGUGUCCGCGCGUACGGGCUGGAGGAAGUGGAUAUACUCAAAGGCCACGUGGACAACAUAGCACCGCAGGCGGCAGGAUCCGGCGGUCGCGGGCUGCUCAUGCGGUAUGUUGCCACUUAUAAUGUCAAGUUCAGCAGCAGCUUCCACAACGAGAUGCUGGCCGACACCGGCGUCUCGGGAUAUGGGAUGGCCCUCCGCAUCCUCAGCACGCUGCAUCCGUCCGAGCCCGAGAUGUGGGUGACACUGUUCAAGCAGCUCUUUCCUGAUUUCGCACUGGGAGGCACCAUGCUGCCGAUCGUAGCACCCUGGCCGACGAUGGACGCACAGCCGGAGUUCGUACGCAGGUACGAGGAAUGUGUUUGGCGAAGUGACAGCAUGUCGCUCCUGGAGUAUCUUCGGAAAUCCAAUGCUGCUGGAGAAGUGGUCGCUUGGAUCCAAAAGCUCCAUGCCGCUGCUGACUCGGCGCUGGACUUGGGCGAGUUCGCGAGUGUGCAGACGACGUUCGGCGAGAAGGUCGUGGCGGCCGAAACGGUGAGCAUUUUCAGCGAUAAGUACUUUGGUCAAUGGUUGAUGCUUCACGUGCCUUUCCGCCGCGCCUCAGAUUUUCUGUUCCCCGAUAUCGUCGCGAAGAUCCCUACGCGCUAUCAGCUCUUCGCUUGCGCCUUGCGCGCCGCUGGAGAUUACUGGACGGACAGAGCACGAGUGCGCGAGGACUUGCAGCUGGCGGCCUACAAGGACGCGACCAUCGCUAACUUCCUCGCUCUGCUGGAUGCUCAGCGUGAGAUCGUGGAUCAAUACCUGCGUGGCCUCAUCUCGCUGGAGGACGAAGCGCCCGAGCCAGCCUUGCCUUCGCUGCCGGGUGCCGCUGGGCUAGAGCGGCCCCGCUUCAACCGGCAGCAGCAAGCCUUGGAGCGGUGCGCGCUGGAACGCUUGGAUUUGAUUCAAGCUUUGAAGCACGCACAGACACCGGAAGAGGCCGACGAUGUGGCUUUGCGCCUCGAGGAGCAGAACAGCAUCUUGGUGUGUAUGGGCGGCCCUGGCACGGGUAAGACGUUCGUCGCCGACUACCUCAUCCGCGUGGCUGUGCGGCGUGGCCACCGCGUGCUGUACGCGCUGCCAACGGGGCAGCUGGCCUGCCGCAUGCGGCAGCGCCACCCCGACGUCCACGUCGACACUUGCGCCGGCGCCUUCCUGUUCUACCGGCCAGAAUCUGAGACCCUUGCUCUCAUGGCCGAGUACGAUGUCGUGGUCAUUGACGAAGCCUUGCAGCUCAGCGCCGAGGAGUAUGGGCGCCUGGAUGCCAUGUUCUGUGCUACCGGCAAGCAGCUCCUUCUGCUGCUUAUGGGCGAUGACUGCCAACUCCCGAGCAUCCACCCGCAGCGGGCCUGCGACCACGACAAGUGGCGCCUUACGCACGUGGUGACCUUGACCGAGGUACGGCGUUGCAAGUGUGCCGUCUUGCAGGCGAAGCUGGAUUUCCUGCGUCAUCACAAGCCGCUUGGCCAGGAAGGCAAGCGCUUCGUCAAUCGCUUGUGCUACCAGCACAAGGCUUGGACCGGUCACGACGAGCCCACGAGCCUUGACAUCGAUUCCGUCUUCAAGCGCACCGGCGGAAAGACGACUUUUGUCACCUGCACCAAGAGGGGGGCCGCUAGCAUCAAUGCCCUGGCCGUACAAGUUCUCUUUUCCAACCGGAAGCAGCAGCUGUUGGCUGAGAUUCCGGGCGACUAUGAUGACAAUGAAGAGAACUUCGACGAAUACGGCAACCUUCGUCGCGAUCGUGCCCCGCUGCCGAACCCAGUCCAGCUGUACAGAGGCCUCAGGGUUGUCUUGACUCGCAAUCAAGACAAAGAGAACCAUUACGUUAAUGGCAUGGUGGCCACGGUGGAAGGCUACUUUCCGACCACCGGCUGCCUACGUGUCCGCACACAGACGGGCAAGCGACUGGCCAUUUAUCGUUACACGGACACGGACGUUCCCCGUGGGCGCGCCGUGUACUUCCCGAUCCGCACGGGCUACGCAGGCACCAUCUACAAGUUCCAAG